GUGAGCCCACGGCCCACACCCACCCACCAGGGCAACCCCUCUAUGAAGCCUGGGCGCGCAGUGUUCAAACCUCCCGACCGUUGGAGACCCCAACCCCUAAAUGCAGUAAUGCUCACCCGCAACGUUCUUCUCCCAAUCGGUUCCACCUGAUGCAUCCCCCGCCGACUUCCUUCUUCUUCAUCAUCGUCUCUUCAUCGCUUCAGGAGGCCGCCGCAUAAUUAGAGAUAGGACUUAGAGAUAUAAUAACCCCCAGCUCCUGAUCCCCAAGCCCUAGGCGUAGGAUUCCACGUCCAUCGAUGGCGCUGGACACGGGGACGGCGGCGGGUAUCGACGAGGCGUACGAGUUCUCCGCGCCCAGGUUCUUCGACUUCGUCGUCGAGGAAACGGAGGAGGCCGUACGUGCCGCCGAGAGCUGGUUCGAGGCUGCCCGCAGCCACGCCCCCUCGCCGUUCAACCCAAGGAUCAAGGAAUCGAGGGCGGAGGUCAAGCUCGCGGUCCUCUGUGAUUUCGCGCAAGCCGAGGAGCCGGCUCCAGAGGUAAAUAAACAGAAGGAGCCAGCUGACGAAAUGUCGGGGCCGCCUGCGGCUCAAGAAGAGAGAGAUGAAUCGCCCCCGUCUCUGGAGUUCCUCUCGGCGACGGACCUUUCUGUAAAAUCAGCAGAUGGUGGUUCUACCAGCACGCUUAAGAUGCAGACGCGUUAUCCUGCCCCUCCUACCAAUGUUGCCCCUGCGAGUUCGACAUGUGACAGCUCUUCAGUGAAUACUGAUGCGCGCACGCCGAAGAUGCAGGUAAACAUGUGCAGAGCAGGUCCUACGGCUGCUUCGACGAAUGUCAAGAGGAGCGUGAUGAUCAAGGGUGGCCGUGAUUUGGUGGGGACUGGAAAGGCAGCCACUGCUGGCGCUGAAAUUGCUCAAGAGAACCAAGCGGUGAAGAGGCAGAAGCUCGAUGAUGGGAGAGCCAGACAGAUACUCAAUGUCAAGACUAAGGUGCUGCCUCAUAAGGCGAGAGCUGAUUUAGCUGGAAGCGAAAUGAGGAGGUCCCAUGAGGAUAUGCGCUCUGCGAAGGAAGCAGAUCCAUAUGUAUCAGCUGCAGAAUUGGUUAAGAAGUUUGAAUCAGGGACCAGAGAGCUUAGCAUCACUCACAGUAGAUGUCGUUCUCAUGAGGAUGCUGCAUCACAGCGAAGCCUGCGAAGGCCUAAGCUUAUGUUAACUAGACCUAAGGAACCUGACUUCCAGACUUCCCAGAGAGUUCGAACAGUAAAAGUGAAGAGCUCUGCAGAGAUAGAGGAGGAAAUGUUGGCAAAGAUACCCAAGUUCAGGGCACGGCCAUUCAACAAAACGAUUGCUGAAGCCCCUUCGUUCCCUCCACUUCCAAGGAGAACCCCACAGAUACCUGAAUUCAAUGAAUUCCAUCUUAAAACAAUGGAGAGAGCAAGUCGAUAUGCGGACACCUGUUCAGAAGUUUCUUGUGCAGAUACUAUCCAGAGUCAAAAUAAGACACUGAAAUCGAGACAAGCAAAGCCACCACAACUUCAUACAGCAAUGAGAGCUCGGCCACCAAGUGUGAAAAGUUUUCAGGAACUUGAACUGGAGGAGCUGGAGAAGGCCCCCAAGUUCAAGGCCAAGCCAUUAAACAAAAGGAUUCUUGAGAGCAAGGGAGACAUUGGUGUAUUUUUCCAUCCAAAGUCUCAGGUCACAGCUCCCAAAAAAUUCCAUUUUUCUACCGAUGUUCGCUUGGGCCCUCCAUCAGUUGCUGACUUAUUUGACAAGCUCUCUCUUCACUCUGAAUGUUCUUCAAACAGCAACAGACAAGAUGUGCCCAGACGCACCAUACCAAACCCUUUCAAUCUACAAACAGAGGAAAGAGGUCAUUUAAAAGAGAGGCAGCUAGAAGCACAUCUCUUACAAAAGAAGAUGGAGGAGGAAAAGGCCAGGGUUCACAAAGCUAAUCCUUACCCAUACACCACGGACUACCCGACGAUGCCACCGAAACCUGAGCCGAAGCCCUGUACAAGGCCAGAAGGCUUUCAACUAGAGAGUUCGGUGAGACAUGAACUAGAGCAGCGAAGGCUGAUGGAAGAAAAACAGAGAAUGGAGAGUGAAGAGGCUCAGAGGAGAAUCUUCAAAGCUCAACCUGUAAUGAAAGAGGAUCCUUUCCCACUUCCGGAGAAAGAGCGGAAACCUCUCACCGAAGUUGAACAGUUUGUGUUGCAUGUUGAUGAGAGGGCAGUGCAGAGAUCAGAAUUUGAUACAUUGAUAAAAGAGAAAGAAAAGACUUACAAAAGGUUGAGAGAGGAGAACGAAUUCGCGCACAAGAUCGAGGAAGAGAAGGCAUUGAAGCAGCUGAGGAGAACCAUGGUGCCACAUGCUCGGCCGCUCCCCAAGUUUGACAGGCCAUUCCGACCACAGAAAUCGACGAAGCAGGUGACAAGGCCGAAGUCGCCACAGCUUCAGGUGGAUGAGCGAGGGGCGAGGAGGCACGCUUUGAUCAGAUGAUCACCGCCGUUGUUUAUCUAUCUUGUACUACACUGAUUGUCAUGCGCGGUCAAGAUCAUAUCUCAAUCUUGCCGUCGAUCUGUUGUUGGUUACUAGAUUCUUUCUUCUGCUGACCAGUGACCAUAUGUAGAGCAGGCCAGGCCCUAAUAACAGCAAUCUUUGUCAGCACAACGCAGCUGACACGGUGUAUGCCCUUGCCCUGUGUGUGUUUGUGUGCCAGUGUGUGUGUGUAUGUUUGUGUAAGUGUAAUAUGAUUACCUCGAUGGUGAGACUUCUUAAUCCGAUGAUGGCUUGAUAUAGAGCUUGUGUUGA